ACCCGUCCAUACACUCCCCUCCCAGCGUGCAGCUCUAAGCCACAGCCCAUAGCCCAUAGCCCCAGCCCCGGGCACUGUGAGGAAGCACCUUCCCCUCCCGUCCUGCUCCGCUCCGCACUCCGCUUCAGCUCGCCAGCCGACAUUCUGUUCUCAUACAAUCCUCAGCUGCUGCUGCUGUUUACCCAGCGCCGCCUCACAGCUCUCACCCGCCGCACGCUCUGGAUUAUCACAUACACACUGGGGCAUGCAGACUCACAGGGGCAAACACACACACACACAUAUGUAGAUCCAAACACUUUUUUUCCUUUUUUGUCAUAUUUUUUAUGAAGUCAGAGGAAAACUUUUUUUUGGUUGAAAGUUUUUCUUGUCUGGGAUUUGACUUUGAAAGAAGAAAGACUUUGGGUCUGUCUGUGUUUUCAGUGCAUUUUUAGGAGUCUACUUUUCAAUAUCAGUAUUUUUUAACAUUGUAAAUCGUACAAAGUGCACAAAAUUUGUUUGAUUGCUGAGCAGUCUGUAAGCUUUAGUUUUUUUUUUUGUUUUUUUUUUAUUUGAAAAGGCUCUAGUGACAGAUUUACCCUGUGCGCUUAAUAUUCGUGUUACUUUUCAGGACACCUUUUAUGAAGUGAGAAGAAGGGAACUUGUUUUGUUUUGGGGAAUUUAUUUAACUCUUAUUUAGGAGGGGCUUUUUUGUGAUUUUGCAUGAAGAAAUAAAGUCUGGUUUUGCAUGCAAUGGAUCACAGUCUGUUCGGCUGCCUGCGCGGCCCUCAUGCCCCUCCUCAGGCCCUGCACCCGGCCUUUGCUCUGCAUGGACGCUCCGAGCACCUCUCUUACUCCGACCUUUCCUCUUCCUCCUCCUCAUCCUCCUGCAUUGUGAGCGGUUAUCCAGGUCAGGAUGGCCUGUUCGGGGCUCACGGGCACCAGCGUGGACCUCCAGUCACCCAGCAGCAUCACCCUCCGCCACAGCAGACCGGCUGGCACAUCCCGCAAAUGCCCAGUGUAUCGUCGGCCAGCGCACGCCUGGGCCUGGGUAUGGCGGCCCCUGAUUCUGGCUCCUCAGACAUGGCCCCUGGAGGCCCCAGCCUGUGUGCCAGCACACCCAGCCUGGUCGGAGCCGUGCCUUCCGGGGCCUCCUGCCUGCCCGGUGGAGAUUUCGGGCGUCAGACACUUUCUCCAGCUGAGGCAGAAAAGAGAAACGGCAAGCGGAGGAGUGAUAGCUCAGAAUCCCAAGAUGGGAAUUACAAAUCAGACGCGAGUAGCAAGCCCCGGAAGGAGCGGACAGCGUUUACGAAGGAACAGAUCCGCGAGCUGGAGGCGGAGUUUGCUCAUCACAACUAUUUGACCAGACUGAGGCGUUAUGAAAUAGCAGUAAACUUGGAUCUCACUGAAAGGCAGGUGAAAGUGUGGUUUCAGAACAGACGAAUGAAGUGGAAGAGAGUGAAGGGUGGACAGCAGGGGGCAGUGGCAAGGGAAAAAGAACUAGUCAAUGUGAAAAAGGGGACCUUGCUGCCCUCCGAGUUUUCGGGCAUCGUUGGACUUCACCACACAGUGGACUCCUUGGUCAACGAAGACAGUCAUGACAGCGACCAGAGCUCUGAGCAUGCUCAGUUAUGAUACAAAGAAGCAACAGUUGCCCCUGAGAUGCUGCUUUGGGGUCACGUUGUGCCCUAGUGCCACGGUGGUCAAGGCUGCUCUUUAUGAAGAAGAGCCUGAUAAUAGAUCAGCAGUUCCCCCAGGGCUGCAGAACAAACCACGCCUGCCAAAAGAAGACUAUGCCCUUGUUUUCUCUCAGGAACGUCCCUGUUAGGACUGCUGGUAGCUGAUAGCUGAGUGACAACAUGUAUGUGCACAUGUACAAAGAACUGGUGUGUCAUAAGUGACCUAUGGUAGGACUGUGCCAUAUACUUUGACAUUAGGACGCUAAGAGAAAAUUUAUGAUUAUCAGGGUCAAAGGUCCUUGCCAUAAAUUGAUAACCAUAGUUUACAAGCUGAGAGUGGGCAUUAUAAGUGUGUUUCAAUACAUUGCACUCUCAUAAGGUUUAAAGAAAUGGCUCAUAGAAACUUCAAAUAUUCCCAAUUUACUCCUUACCCCAAACAUACAUAUCUACCUCUGUCCCAGCACAGAUUCUGAGAGUUCUUUGUUUAUCCUAAAGUAGAAUUUAAAACUCUACAAUCUUGCAAACUUGCAAAAGAUGACUGCAGACUUCAGAAUCAUCCAUCUCAGAGCUCUCACUCGUCUCCUCUUUUCUUAGUAUUAUUUCUCAAACAGCAGUAUCUUCACAUACAUUAAAGCAGCUUACACAUGAUCGUAUAGCUUUGUUCUGCAUUUUAAAUAAUCCAAAAUUAGGGACAGAAAGCUGCUUAUGAACUAUAAAAAAUGACAACAAAAGAAGAUGAAAAAUGCUCAACGUUGCAUGACUUUAGCAAGCAAAAUGCCUUGUAAUGGUACACUUUAAAAGUUAACGAGGGAGAAAUGUGCAUUGACAGUUAUGAUGUUAUGAAGAUGCCCUUAUCCAGAGUGACUUACAGUUUUGUUUUGUUUUUUACAGAGGUAGGUGAAGUUAAUAACUUAGUAACUUAAUUUAUUUUUUUUAUUUUUUUCUCCCAAUAUAUUAAAAUCAAUACAGAAGUAGUAAUUGUGCAUUAAAAUGUGUAGAAGUGUGUUCACUGUAGAGGAUGUGCAAUUUUUUUUAUUUAGAAAUUCAACAAAACAUGCCAUUUGACCAGGUGUGCACAAACGUUUGCAUACAAACAAUUCCCUUGGUUAGGAAGAGCAUAACAACCUGGUAAGAUAUUAAACCUAGAAGAAGAGGGAUGUAUGCGUAAAGGGCUUCCUAUAACUUAUUUCAACUGUUAAAAUGAACAUUUUACAAAAGUAACUGGCAUUUUAACAGUAAUAAUAUAAUUUUGUAAUCGCUUAUUGUAUGAUAUGUCUAAUUCUAACUGUUACACAUAAACUUGUCUUGGCUGAUCAAAUAUGCUUGGGGUAAAUGGAAAUGUUCUGCGCUGAAACCUAAGACUAAUGUAGCCUUGUAAUGGGUGUAAUGGAGGUCUGUGUCACACAAAAUCUUUACAAAACUAAAGAAAACCAAAUAGGUUUUGGCUGAUCAAGUAUGUUUGGAGUAAGGAUAAAUUGUGUAAAUUAGAUUUUUUCUUGUGUCAUUUCUUUAAAAUGAAUUGUUAAAAAAAAUUAAAAUGUCAUCUGUAAUUUGGUCAAAAAGUUGAACAUUCCACAAAACGUACCUUUCAUUGAAACAAUGAGAAGAGGCCAGGUCUGUGCUUUGGUUUGCACUGUUAAAUCGUGCCUUCAUUGGUUUUUACUGUACGUUCUGAAACUCUCAGUGUAAACAAAGCAAAGAUGCUACCAAGCCUGUGGGAGAAUCGAAACGUUUUCCAGUGUGUAAAUAUCAGUAUCAGUAUUUUCUUAUCACCCAUCAGCUGUCAGUUUCUUAUACAGACUUAUACGACUUACAUCAUAAAUAAAAAUGCCUUAUGUUGCUGCCUUUA